UUUUAGGACUUUUACUCGGAGAUUAAUAAAAAAGAAAUGUACAUAAGAUAUCUCAAUAAGUUAUGUGAUCUGCAUUUGGAAUGUGAUAAUUUUACCGAAGCCGCUUACACCUUGGAACUGCAUACCAAACUACUGAAUUGGUCGGACGAGAUAUUGAAUUCCUUGCUGAAAGGGGAUAAAUAUGAUACGGCUAGGACACAUAGACAGCUGAAGGAAGCUUUAUACUACACGAUUAUUGAAAAUUAUAGUAAAGGAAAGAUGUGGGAGUGUGCAAUAAAGAAAUGCCAGGAGUUGGCCGAGCAGUACGAACAAGAAACAUUCGACUACGAGCGUUUGAGCGAUCUGCACAAUCGGAUGGCUAUUUUCUACGAUGAUAUAAUGAAAAAAGCACGGGCCAAACCGGAAUAUUUUCGAGUGGGCUACUUCGGUAAAGGUUUUCCGAAAUUUCUGAGCAAUAAAGUUUUCGUAUAUCGCGGAAAAGAAUACGAACGGUUGGCAGAUUUCAAUGCCAGAAUUCUCAACGAAUUUCCGAAAGCUGAGCUAUUGAACAAACUCACGCCUCCUGGUGAAGAUAUUAUGGAAUCUGAUGAACAAUAUAUACAAAUAAAUAUGGUUAAUCCGGUGAUGGACGAAAAGAAGCAGAGAUUCUCCGGAAAACCGAUAUCAGAUCAAAUAGUCAACUUCUACAGGGUAAACAAUAUACAGAAGUUCACUUUUUCGAGACCGUUCAUAAGGAAAGAUCCUUUCAUAGAGUCCAAUAAUGAUUUCGCUCAUUUGUGGUUGGAAAGAACGGAGUUGAUUACGACGUAUCCGCUACCAGGAAUCUUAAGGUGGUUUCCCGUAGAACAUACGAAUGUUCACGAAAUUUCUCCUCUCUGGAACGCCAUCGAAACUAUGGAAAAGACGAACAAAACUCUGUUGAAUUAUAUAUCUGUUUUCAACAAAGACAAAAAUAUGCAAAUCAACCCGCUUAGUUUGACAUUGAAUGGAAUUUUGGACCCUGCCGUGAUGGGCGGUAUACAAAAUUAUGAGGAUGUAUUCUUCACGUCCGCCUACGAAACCUAUCACGCCGAAGAUAGUAUACUAAUAGAGAAACUGAAAGACUUGAUUGCUGAUCAAAUACCCCUUCUGGAGCUUUGCGUUCAAAUCCACAAGAUAAAAGCACCUGAUAAUUUGCAACCACUCCAGAAACGCUUGGAGGAAUGUUUUGCUGAUAUGAAGGCAAAGGUCGAGGAAAAAUAUGGGAAAAAGAACUGUGAUAUUAAAUUAGAAAAUGAUGUACAAAUGAGGCGACACUACAGUAUAACGAGCGAUAGCAGGCUAUCUGACAUCACAAUAACUGCUGAUAACGUUGGUGGUCGUGGAGGAGUGUCCAGUUUAACGAGGGCCCAGGUAGCAUCUUUGAGAAACUUUACGGCAAGUUUUAAUUUUGCCACCUCACCUGUGGCCAGCAGCAAAUCCUUCCAUCACAGUCAUUCGAAAAGCAUGAGCCACUCUCCCUCAAAGAGUCAGUUAGGAACGCCUUCGUUGGGCUCCAGAAAAUCCCAAAAGACCCCUAAGGAGAAGCGGCGAUCUAGCAAAGCUGAUAGUAUACUUUCUCCCUCCGUAGAAAAAUGUUCUGCGCAAUGGUACACUUCUGAAAACGAUUCAAAUGCUAAUUCCGUUACGAACGGAUCCGUUACUGUGGUAGAGUUGACCCAAGAG